UCCUCCUCAUGUAGACUGGUAUUGCUCCGCUAUGGACGAGAAUCAAAAUAUCUCUGAAUCAAAUUCAACACUUCAUCUAGCCGGAAAGAAAGGUCUGCGUCCUCACUUCUUCAUAGGAAUCUCUCUCGUCUUGGGCUUUACGCUCAUGUUUGUGGUGGACCAGAUUGCCAACUACUGCUCUAUGCACGAACCCCGAGCGCGCGUGUACAGUGGCAACAGUGUUACUGCCACCCUGGGUCUGCUUAUUCACGCCGCAGCUGAUGGCGUUGCUCUGGGUGCAGCUGCGGCCUCAUCACAGGUGUCCGUGCAGGUUGUUGUGUUUUUUGCAGUCAUUUUGCAUAAGGCUCCAGCAGCGUUUGGUCUUGUGUCUUUCCUCAUGCACGCAGGUCUGGAGAGGAAGACUAUUCAGAAGCAUUUACUGGCAUUUUCUGCUGCUGCGCCGCUGAUGGCUAUCAGCACUUACUUCAUCCUGAGUGCAUCUAAUGGCUCUUCUCAGAACCGCCUGAGCGCUACAGGCAUUGGCAUGCUGUUCUCUGCUGGGACUUUCUUAUAUGUGGCCACGGUUCAUGUUCUGCCUGAAAUCAACAGCAGAGGUCAUCAGCGCUCCACUCACCUCCACCCUCACGCAGGACCUGGAGCCUACCAGCAGCAGAGCGGUCUGAGCAUCACAGAGAGCCUGACUCUCAUCCUGGGGACUGGACUUCCUGUUCUGUUGGCCCUCGGACUGCCAGACGAUUAAUCUGUAAAAACCAUCCAACAGCCAAACUUGACAGUGACGUGUAAUAUUUCAUUUUCAAAUGUUUAUAUUUAUAUUAUGACUUCAGAAUGCUCUUUGAGAGUUUUAUGUUUUGUCAUGAUUAGUGUUAUGAAACUCCCCACAUUUUCUGUUUAACGAUUAGACAGCUUUAACUCAUUCAUUUUUUUAUUAGCCGAGAAACAACUACAAGCCAGUGGUGUUUUUAUGUGCAUUGUCAAAGACAAAAAAGAUUAUAUUUGAUACUUAUAUCUAGAAUCAAAAUUUAUUUUGCCUUAAAAAUUAAGUAAUUUGUAUCACCUCCAUAAAGUUGCAAAACUUAAGUGCAAUACAGUGAUCUUUUUCCAAGUAAAUGUAAAAUAUUGUUUAUUUUUUGAAGUUUUCUAUUACACCGAGAAUGCCUUGUAUUGAUAUAAGCCAAUGUUUAUUUUGAGAACUAAAUGCCCUGCAAUCUGACACAUGCAGACUGAUCUCUCUGGUACGUGACAAUCUAUUAAAAGCUGCUAUUUUGAGUGCA